UCUCAUACUUUUUCCUUUUAAUCCUUGCUAUUUUAAGUUCAAUCCAUGCCCCAUUUUAUCAAAUUGUCAUAGAUAUGUUUCUGGGUUCUCUUUUAGUUCGUAGUUGCAUACUGAAAGAUUGAAUCUUUGUUGAACAUUUGUACGCCAUUUAUCAAAAGGGUUACUUGUUUUAUAUGGCAAGUAAUGAUCAGUCCUUGAUUCCCUGUUUUUCUGCUGGAUGUUUGACAUGGGUAUUUCAUUGAAUUAGGCAAUUGAUAGUUCUUGCCAUAAUUUUCUUUUCUUGCUUGAUAAUUUCUAUUCAUUUCAGUUUUAGAAAUAUAAUCGACUGCUAGGGUUUCUCUUUCCUAACAUGGAUUCAGAGAUACUCAAAAUCUUCCAUAAAAGAGGAAAGGAAGGGGGAAAUAAUGUCCAGAAAAUGUCCAUCACAUAAAAGUGCCAGAUUUGAUCUGCUAUUUUCCACUUAUUGAAUCUGGAUGCAGUAUUUGGUGUCAUUGCUUUCUUUCUUGCACCUAACAUAGGGGCAUCAACCCUAAAAUUGAAACUUGACCCUCAAUAGAACUUUGUUUUCCCCUUCCCCCCCCGCUUUUGGCCAUAUGCUUUAAGAAAGAAAGAAAAAACUUUUGCCUUUUGACUAUUGACAUUUGAAACUAUGAUAUUUGUUUGCUUUUCAAAAAUUAAAGUUGGACAGUAGAUUGCUCAUAUCCUUGAGAUUCUUACUGUGUGCCUAAUUAUAAUGACAUAUUUGAAGUAAACAGAAAUAGAGGAUCAUCAGCUCCUUCUAUAUGAUGUAAAUCUUUAGUUGGAAGGAUUAAUGUUUCUACAAAUCUUGAUUGAUCUCCAAGUUCUCAAAGAGUAGCAAACAAACAGAUACUGAUUGCUACAAAAAUCCAAUAGGUCUUGCCAUUUUCUUGUAGUCUUGUUCUCAACUGCUAUGAAAACUUCUUGCAAUUUCUCAUUCUUUUCCUCCACUACCACUGUCACCUAUGCUUUCCAUAAUGGCCACACCACUCCUAAAGAAACCAAGGAAAUUCCCAUUGACUCUCCCUCCGAAGAUCCCAUUAUCCCCAUAACCGACCAUCUUCCUCAGCCAGAUGCCGCCACCAAGAUCCAAUCUGCCUACAGGGCCCAUGUAAUCCACACCCUCUACAGAAAGAUAUCAUCAGUCAAUUCCGAAGCUGAUCAACUGCAACGCCAAAUCCAACGGCAAGAGACAGUGGAUGCCAUUAGGACUAAUGAACGAGAGAAACUCAGAAUUAAUGAGGCCUUGAUGGGUUUACUUUUAAGGCUGGACUCAGUACCUGGGUUCAAUCCAACAGUGAGGGAGGCACGGAGGAAGGUCAGCCGUAGGAUUGUGGGGCUGCAGGAGAUUGUGGAUGGGAUAUGUGGAAGUGCUGGCCAUGAUUGGUGUGUUGGUUGUGGGUUUGCAAGGGAUUGGAAUGAGGUGUUAGCAGAGAUGGAGAGGCAGGUUUGUAAGGAAAGAGGUGGUGAGGAGAUGGAGAGGUUCUCUGCUGAAUGUCUUGGGUUUAGAUGUUUGCAGAGGUUUCUGUGUGAGCCAUGAAAAAUGCUAGAGGUUACUUUCUUCUUGUGGUAUAAGGAUAUAUGUCACACAUGUAUAAAUGAAGAUUAGCUCUAAAUAUAUAUCUUGUUUUUUAGAUUUUUCUUUGUAGUUAUUCAAGUUCUGAUGAUAAUUAUUUUUCUACAUCCUUUUGUAACAACUCAAGAAACAAAACAAAAGACUUCAUUCAAAAGAAAAGAUUAAUGCAUUUCUACCUCCUUUUUCCAAUUAA